CCAGUUUACCUAUUUUUUAAAGGGUACAUCGACGAGGGCGAAUUCCGAACUAAGGACAUCAUGGAGGAGGAGCACCAGCGCAACGGUCGCUACCGCAGUCAGUUGGGCGGUUACCAGCCAAGUCAACGUUCCGUUCAUAUGCACCACCACUUCCACGAUGGCCACCAACAAGAGCUCGGCUCAGCGCCUCCUUUGCAACGAGAAUCAAAUAACCGUUCAAGCGAAACCUUGUCCAACGGCGGAGUGGAGCCUUGCCGCUGCAGGACUGAUCCGGACGCAAUGUUUUUAAUGAGUCUGCUGCCAGAUAUUCAAACGCUGGACGGACGGGACCGCGAAAGUCUCAAAAUAGGCAUGCGGACACUACUUCAAAACUUAUUACAUCCAUAG